AUUCGAGAUAGAGCUGGUCGAGAUAAAACAAGAUUGAGUUAAGCAGGCUCAACAAAGGACCAGUCGAGUUAGGUCAGCUGGAGCAUAUCACGGUGAUAUUGUCAUUCAUAAUUAGUGUUGACAAGGUGAGAAUGUUAGGUGGUUAUCUCUAGGUAGCACUCUCGGUCUCAUUUCAAAUCCACGACCCAUUACCCAUUGUUUAGAAAUUCUAGGCAAGGAGGUGUUAAGAGAGUGAAGAGGCAGAAGAAUGAUGAGAGAACGUGGAACGAUCAAUUGUAUCAUAGGAAAAGAAUAAAGAGAGGUACAGACUUAUUUGGAUAUAGAAAAGAACAAAAACAUUUGAAACGACAAAGUCUUGCUAAUACAAUUGAUACAAGUACGAUAAAUGAGGCUAUCAUUACCGAGAAGGUCCCUAUCUCAUCAAAUUAAUAUUUCUUUAAAUGUAUCUCAUCAAGUACGAUAAAUGUUUGUCAUAUCGAAUAAGAAGUGUAUUGAGUAAAUAUUAACUAAACACAAGAUAACACAUAUCAAUUUUCUUUUAUCCUCCAUACUUGGUAUUAAACCCAAUGGAAGAAAAAAAUUGAAUCCAAAGAAUGGAGCCUUGGCAUGGAGGUAUAAUUUUAGGCUAAAUUUUGUUGUAUUUCCUUAUUAAUCCUCUCAAAACCAAAAGGGCUAAAAGAAAAAAAGGCAAGGAGCUAGCACAUGUCAGGUAGCCGUUGAGCCGCACACCAGCAGAAGACGCGAGUAGUACCCGACUUUCAAUUCAAUCUCCCAGAGAGAAAGAGAUCGGACGGCCGCGAGGAACUAGCCGUUGCUUUUGAAAAAGAAAAAAAAAAUUUGCGAAGGCUCUCUUUCUGGACAAUAUAUCCGCUGUCUGACUCCUGUUAAAAUCCUUCUUUCUUUAUGAGUUUUCUCGUCCCUUUCGAUUCUCUCUACCCUUCGUAUUCAUUUCAUCUGCUACCCAGAAAAACACAGAUCGAGAACCCACAGUGAGAGAUAGAGAGAGAAGGGGCGUAUUUGAUGUGACGGAGUUGUGAGAGAAAGCCCUCUCUUCUCUCCUCUUCCUGAAUUUCUUCGAUUCCAUUAACCGAAUUGGAGGGAUCUCAAAGGGUGGAACUUUCAGAAGUGCAGUUCUUUGAUCGGAAAUCUGAGAAGGAUUCUGUUGAAUUUGAGAGGUGGGUUUUGUUUGUAUGGUCUUGAUUCUUUGUGGGUGUUCUUUGAUUUUUUUUUUUUUUUUUUUUUUUUUGAAUCGAUGGUUCCUACUGAAAUAGUAGGGAGGUUUUCUGAUUCCUUUGUGUUCUUCCUUUUCUUUUGAAAUAGAGAAUCGAUAAUGGCUGGAUCAGACGAGAACAAUAACCAGGGUGUGAUUGGACCUGCCCCUACUAUGCAAGUGGGUCUUCGCGCCGGAGUCGGGAAAUUGCCGGCGGUGGCCGCCGCAGGAGGGAAUCGUCGGGCGUUGAGUGCCCUCAAUCGGAAUAUAAUCGGAGCUCCGACUUACCCACCUAUUAAGCAAUGUGAUAACAAGAAUCAACCUGUCCAUCGUCCUAUCACUAGGAGAUUUGCUGCACAACUAGCCACCAAGCAAGAUUCUAAGCCACAAGUGGAACUGAAACAUGAAUCACAAGACAUCUCCAUCACUGAUGCAGAAGAAGAAGACUUCGCAUUCUCUGAACCAAUGUUUGUACAACACACUGAAGCAAUGCUGGAAGAGAUUGACAGAAUGGAAGUGGAAAUGGAGGAUGUAGCUUCUGAAGAAGAAGAAGGACAAGACUCAGUUGUAGAUAUAGAUGCUUGUGACAAGAACAACCCACUUGCUGUGACUGAAUACAUCAACGAUUUGUACACAUUCUACAGGAAAUCUGAGGUUACAAGUGCUGUCUCACCGCACUAUAUGGCAAACCAAUUUGAUAUCAAUGAAAGGAUGAGAGGCAUUCUCAUCGACUGGUUGAUUGAGGUGCACUACAAGUUUGAGUUGAUGGAGGAGACUCUUUAUCUUACUGUGAAUCUCAUUGACAGAUUCUUGGCUGUUCAUUCUGUUGUGAGGAAGAAACUCCAGCUGGUUGGAGUUACAGCCAUGCUUCUUGCUUGCAAAUAUGAAGAAGUCUCGGUGCCUGUUGUGGAUGAUCUCAUCCUAAUUUCUGACAAGGCUUACAGUAGAAAAGAAGUCCUUGACAUGGAGAAGUUAAUUGUGAACGCCUUGCAGUUCAAUAUGUCAGUCCCAACUCCAUAUGUUUUCAUGAAGAGAUUUCUCAAAGCUGCUCAAUCUGACAAAAAGCUUGAGCUUCUAUCAUUCUUCCUGAUCGAGCUGUGCUUAGUGGAGUAUGAAAUGCUUAAAUACCCACCUUCACUGAUGUCUGCUGCUGCAAUCUACACGGCACAGUGCUGCCUCAAUGGCUCUAGCCAGUGGAACAAAACUCAUGAGUGGUACACCAGCUACUCAGAAGAGCAACUUCUGGAAUGCUCAAGGCUGAUUGUGGGAUUUCAUCAGAAUUCUGGGACAGGGAGGCUAACUGGUGUCCACAGAAAGUACAGUACUUCGAAGUUUGGAUUUGCUACAAGAACUCAACCUGCUAACUUCCUGCUACUCACGUAGAAGAAAGGGGGUGAGUUGAUUUGGUUUGACUGAGAUUCACUUGAGGAUGAAACCUGCAACUGAAGUUGGGGGGAGUAACAAAUUGACAUGAUCAGCAACUGAAGUUGCCUUUGGGAAGAGAACUAUACUCUCUUCCUCUUGUUCUCUUUCAUUUUCUUUGCUGAACUAUUAUUACUACAUCCGAUUGACCCUUUGGUCAAUUUGUAAUGGUAUGUGGAUAUGUGAUGGCAUGGAACAAACAAAAACACAAGGCAAAAUCACUGUUCUUACUUACUUUGCUCUUUCUCUUCAAGAGUGUUAGUGGAAAUAAUAAAAUAGAUAGUUUGGAUUCAAGGUUUCAAUUGUGCAUUCCUUACUUCUGAGUCACUUCAGCGCCACCCAAGUAAAAGUCUUUUUUAACAUUUACAUGUUCAUUCAUUCGUCAGUCAGUGUACUGGUUUGCUAUUAGGUGUGAAUGUAUGAGUAAAAGCACUUGUUUAGGUACUCAAAUUUAUGUGGAAAAUUGUGGUUUAAAAGUUUACAGGAACAUGUGAUGCGGUCCACUAUAAUGCUCAAAUCUUUGGCCUAAUGGAAUGUCAACAUUUGCAAGUACCCAAUUGGACAAUUUUUCUUGAAAUAUCUGUCUUUCAGAUUUCAUCAUUGAUUUUAAAUCUCUCCUCAAUAGGAAAUAAUGGGGAAGAUCAUCACUUUUUAAUUUUAUCAACACACACAUAUUUUUUGCAAUAACAACAUCCAUAAAUUUUUACAUUGUAAUAUUCAAACAACCCUUAUAAUAUAAUUUUUACAUAUAUAUAAUUUAAUUUCACUCAAUUUAAAUUAUUAAACAAUCUGAUUAGAUGCUAACAUGAUAUAUGCCAAAUUCAUACUUCAAAUCAAACCACCCAAAUAUUACUAUGCUUACCAUUGCACUAUCGUCUUCGAGUCUCUGCUAGAAUAUCAUAAUAGUUUUAUAAAUACUUUUCUCAAGGUCAUAUUUCAUACAUGUGGCUAUAUUUCGAAAGCAACUUAUUCACAUUAUUUAGCUAUUUAAUUAGAACGAAAUGCUGCGCUUCGCACCGAGGCUUUACAUUGCUUUCUCAAACUAUUACAAAGAUAAAGAAAUACGACCAUUGAAUGACUCAUAGUGUACCCAUGCAAUAUGAUCUUCUAUAGCUUGUUCCCAACCUGUAAAAUGCAAAUAUUAUAGUUGAGAAAAUCAAUUAACAAACAAAACCACAAAAGCAAGUUUCUGAGGCAAGUAAGUAUGAUAUGUGCAUGCUAAUUCUCUCUUUUAUUACAACUUGUUGGUAAAGAACUUUGAAUUGAUAGUGGAAGUGGCAAGCAACAUAACCUGAGCGAUCAUGGUGCUUAGAAAUAGAACAGUACAAUGUAGAUUGAAGUUGCUGACCAACUUCUGUCAAACCACAGACGUUGUAGACAAACAGUAUAUACAACUUCUAACUAAUGAUGCCUUCUAACUUGUAGAGAACACAUUUCUACUUACAGACUAUCCCGACCAAAAUUAUGAAAUCAUAGUUAUGUUUACCAUGGGACAUAUAACAAAUAUAUCAACAGCCUAACCCGUUUAUCCUUACAUAAUGUCUGAGUUUUGUCUUUACAGAUUAUCUCAGCUAGCAAUUAAUGCACACACUGACCCAAUCCCAUUGAACUCGUCAAGAAAAUGGACGAAACCAAGUCAUAGUGAAAUCGGUUAACUUUAGCUGAUAAAAGACAUUCACCGGUGGAAAGCUACUUGAUGAUGAACAGUACUAUAUGAUUAUACUCUAUAUAAAAAUCAAGCAAGGAAAUAUCCAAAACUCAUAUCCAGCUUCAAGGACAAAUGUUCAUAGUGCAUAAUGAAAGUGCUGAUUUUUC